GGGGCUUUUAAACCUCAUCCUAAGGGGCCUCAGGGGCAGUGUUGGGCUUGGCGGCCACAGCUAAGUCCAAGACCAGCAUGUCGCUGCAGAGAAUCGUGCGUGUGUCCCUGGAGCAUCCCACCAGCGCGGUGUGUGUGGCUGGCGUGGAGACCGUCGUGGACAUUUACGGGUCAGUGCCUGAGGGCACAGAGAUGUUCGAGGUCUAUGGGACGCCUGGAGUGGACGUCUACAUCUCUCCCAACAUGGAGAGGGGCCGGGAGCGUGCAGACACCAGGCGAUGGCGCUUUGACGCGACUUUGGAGAUCAUCGUGGUCAUGAACUCCCCCAGCAAUGACCUCAACGACAGCCACGUUCAGAUUUCCUACCACUCCAGCCACAAGCCUCUGCCCCUGGCCUAUGCGGUGCUCUACCUCACCUGUGUUGACAUCUCUCUGGAUUGCAACCUGAACUGUGAAGGAAGGCAGGACAGGACCUUUGUAGAUAAGCGGCAGUGGGUCUGGGGGCCCAGGGGGUAUGGUGGCAUCUUGCUGGUGAACUGUGACCGUGAUGAUCCAAGCUGUGGUGUCCAGGACAACUGCGACGAGCACGUGCGCUGCCUGCAAGACCUGGAAGAUAUGUCUGUCAUGGUCCUGCGGACGCAGGGCCCUGCAGCCCUCUUUGACGACCACAAACUUGUCCUCCACACCACCAGCUAUGAUGCCGAACGGGCACAGGUCUUCCAUGUCUGCGGUCCUGAGGAUGUCUGUGAGGCCUAUAGGCAUGUGCUGGGCCAAGACAAGGUGUCCUACGAGGUACCCCGCUUCCAUGGGGACGAGGAGCGCUUCUUCGUGGAAGGCCUGUCCUUCCCCGAUGCCGGCUUCACAGGACUCAUCUCCUUCCAUGUCACUCUGCUGGAUGACUCCAACGAGGAUUUCUCGGCAUCCCCUAUCUUCACUGACACUGUGGUGUUCCGAGUGGCACCCUGGAUCAUGACACCCAGCACCCUGCCGCCCCUAGAGGUGUACGUGUGCCGUGUGAGGAACAACACGUGUUUUGUGGAUGCGGUGGCAGAACUGGCCAGGAAGGCCGGCUGCAAGCUGACCAUCUGCCCACAGGCCGAGAACCGCAACGACCGCUGGAUCCAGGAUGAGAUGGAGCUGGGCUACGUUCAGGCGCCACACAAGACCCUCCCGGUGGUCUUUGACUCCCCAAGGAAUGGGGAGCUGCAGGAUUUCCCUUACAAAAGAAUCCUGGGUCCAGAUUUUGGUUACGUGACUCGGGAACCACGCGACAGGUCUGUGAGUGGCCUGGACUCCUUUGGGAACCUGGAGGUCAGCCCCCCAGUGGUGGCCAAUGGGAAGGAGUACCCCCUGGGGAGGAUCCUCAUUGGGGGCAACCUGCCUGGGUCAAGUGGCCGCAGGGUCACCCAGGUGGUGCGGGACUUUCUCCAUGCCCAGAAGGUGCAGCCCCCUGUGGAGCUCUUUGUGGACUGGUUGGCUGUGGGCCAUGUGGAUGAGUUUCUGAGCUUCGUCCCUGCCCCCGAUGGGAAGGGCUUCCGGAUGCUCCUGGCCAGCCCUGGGGCCUGCUUCAAGCUCUUCCAGGAAAAGCGGAAGUGUGGCCACGGGAGGGCCCUCCUGUUCCAGGGGGUUGUUGAUGAUGAGCGGGUCAAGACCAUCUCCAUCAACCAGGUGCUCUCCAAUAAAGACCUCAUCAACUACAAUAAGUUUGUUCAGAGCUGCAUCGACUGGAACCGUGAGGUGCUGAAGCGGGAGCUGGGCCUGGCUGAGUGUGACAUCAUCGACAUCCCGCAGCUCUUCAAGACUGAGAGGAAAAAAGCAAUGGCCUUCUUCCCUGACUUGGUGAAUAUGCUGGUGCUGGGGAAGCACCUGGGCAUCCCCAAGCCCUUCGGGCCCAUCAUCGACGGCCGCUGCUGCCUGGAGGAGAAGGUGCGAUCCCUGCUGGAGCCGCUAGGCCUCCACUGCACCUUCAUUGAUGACUUCACUCCAUACCACAUGCUGCAUGGGGAGGUGCACUGUGGCACCAAUGUGCGCAGAAAGCCCUUCUCCUUCAAGUGGUGGAACAUGGUGCCCUGAGACAGCUCCCAUCCACCAUCCUGUCCCCUGGGGCGGGCAUUGGCCCAGGUGGUGGAGACAGAGACAGGCCCCUGAACGAUAAGCACCAAGAGACCCCAAGGCUCCAGAUGGAACACUGAGGGUGACCGUCCCUCUCAGAAGCCUUUUCCCUGGAAGUGUCCAUGCCUCACCUGCAACCCAUGUGGUUCUCAGACUAGAAUCUUCUUGGCCCCACAAAAAGAAGGACCUCAUUUCUUACAGCCUCUCCUGUGAUUCAACACAACCCAUGGAGAUGUCCCCUCCUCACUCUGAAAUCAUCCAUUUGGGGACAAAUCCACAUUGGGGUCUAGAAACAUCCAUGUAUCUCAUCAGCCAUCUUGUCCUGUUUAUCCUAAUAGAGGAAGGAUCCAUGAUUCUGCUUUGGUCCAAUUGCUUCCUCUCUGCAGAGGAACAACCCUAAAACCAGAUCACUCCACACAGGACAGGCAGGAGAGAUUCUUCCUAAAGCCUCCCCCAUAAAAAGGGAGCUGUGGAUCCACUUAGAUCAGGGCGGGACUAUCUUUCACCCUGCCAAGUUCCUGCCCAGAUGUUGGCCCUCACCCAGCAUGAGCUGUCACAUGGUAUGAGCUUCUAGAUGCGUGUGGAAGCAAUGAGAAUUGUCCCUUAGCCUUAUAAACUCUCCAUCAUCUGACAUGCAGAAAUCCAGCUAUGUCCCAAAUCCUCCUGGAAUUUCUUGGAGAUGAAAUUAUCUGGGGGAUUGUUGGGUACUGGGAAGACUGGGUACAAGGGUGAAAAAUAUCUCCCAUAAUACACAUGGUUGACUAUGGUGAUCCACCUUGUGAUGGUUAAUAUUAGGUGUCUGGAGAAGGAUGCUUCAUUGGCCCCGGGACCUCUCUCUGCAGGAGGAAAGACCCCUGCCUCUCCUCUGGAUUGGUCCCAGGCUCUCUAUUGGCCUUUGGUCAGCAUUUCCGCAUAGCUGCAGAAGAGGGAGCUAAAGGGGCUGGAUCCACCAAGACAGCUCACAGCGGGAAAACUCUGGGAAUGAACCACUGAAUUCAGGGGAUGGCGGUUGGGGGGACGGUUCUCGAGAUGUGUGCCAGCUACACGUGUAUUCUGUAUGGGUCCAGCUGCGUUUCCAUCACUCGCUAAUAAAUCAACAGAAACACAAA